GAAAUCCUGGAAGUGAGUGAAAGAGAAAAAAGUAUAAAUGUCCCGACAGAAGAAACCGUUUCUUUAGAAAACACAACAGUAGCUGUUCCUCUCAGUACCGACGCGCUUGCGAGUGUUAAAACUUCUGCGGAGGUUUGCCCGCAACACCUGGAUUUAGGCGAACGCUUAAAAAUAUAAAUCCGUCACUUCAAAGUGGGGCUCACCCUCCUCGGCUAGCUGCAUUGCCAUGUCCUAUUUCAGGAUGUUAAUGUCAUUGCGUAUACUUCUCCUGUGGGUUGUUUUAGCCCAGCUUUCCUUGGCUCACACACAUCCUGCAGAGACUAUACAAGGUCACACAGUACUAUCACGUAAGGAUGAUGAUAAGUCAUCAGAAGACAACAAUCUGUCAAGCACCCUGAAGCUCUUACCAAUGGCACCUCAAUGGACCCAACCUGAAAAGAUGACAGAAAAGCCUUAUGCUGUACCAGCCAGCAAAACAGUGAAAUUCCGAUGUCAGGCCAUGGGAAACCCCAUUCCAAAGCUGCGCUGGCUCAAGAACGGAAAAGAGUUCAGUAGAGAACAGCGCAUUGGGGGCUACAGGCUAAGGGAACACUUGUGGACCAUAAUCAUGGAGUCGGUGGUGCCCUCAGACAAAGGCAACUACACCUGCCUGGUGGAAAAUGAAUAUGGGAGCAUAAAUCACACUUAUCAGCUUGACGUAGUCGAGCGAUCUCCACACAGGCCCAUCCUACAUGGGCCAGUAAACCAGACCGCUGUCGUGGGUAGUGACGUGAAGUUUGAAUGUAAGGUGUAUGGCGACCACGACCAGCGGCCUCACAUACAGUGGCUCAAACAUAUCGUAGUCAGGGGAAGCCAUGUCGGACCUGACGGACUCCCUUAUGUCCGAGUUCUGAAGACUGCUGGCCUUAACACCACAGACAAGGAGAUGGAGGUGCUCCAGUUGAGGAAUGUGUCCUUUGAGGAUGCUGGGGAGUACACUUGCUUAGCAGGCAAUUCUGCCGGGGUCUCUUAUCAAACGGCAUGGUUGACCGUCCUCGAAGGUCACACAGUACCAUCAUCUAAGGACGAGGAUGAGUCAAGCAGCCAGAAGUUCUUGCUUUAUGUGUUAGAAGCAGGAAAAAUGGAUCUGAGCGACUUUGACAAGGGCCAAAUUGUGAUGGCUAUACGACUGGGUCAGAGCAUCUCCAAAACUGCAGCUCUUGUGGGGUGUUCCCAGUCUGCAGUGGUCAGUACCUAUCAAAAGUGGUCCAAGGAAGGCAAAGCGGGGAAAAAGUGAAUGCUGGUUCUGAUAGAAUCGUCUAGAUUGGUCAGGACUGUUUUGGUGGCAAAAGGGGGACCCACACAAUAUUAAGCAGGUGGUCAUAAUGUUAUGGCUGAUCAGUGUAUGCUUGCCCUUCAUGAAUCCUGAUUACAAUCUAUAAUCUGUUCUAAGCUUUUUUUUCUGUGAUCAGCAGUCACCCUCGCACACCUGUAGGUAAUAUGUGCUUUGGAAGACCUAUACCUUGGUCAUGGCACCACCAAAAUGUUGUUGAUUAAUAAAGACUUUUGAUACUUUUGCAAGAUU